AUGGCGCGAAUGGAGAGGGAGAACCAGGACUUCCGGCGCAAGAUUGGUCGCGUUGCGGCUGUCAUUGGAGACCCUCGUAUCAUUGACGAGGCAUUGGUGAUUGACGGCGUCAGAUGCUGUCUUCUCGGUCGAACGCCAGGGGCCACCAAGGAAGAGAACCAGAAGGGAUACGACGGGCCCGAGGCGACUUCUCUGGAAGAGGUGAAGAGAGCUCUGGAUGAGGCAAAUGAGCUGUUUUAG